AUGAAGGAAGAAAAGCCCCGCGAUGUCGGGGAUGAUGUUGAGCGUUUAUCCGCCCCCAACACGCGCCGCCAACGGCGAGGAGUUGGCCGCAAGUUCUGGGGCGCCGUAAUCAUCUCUCUUUUGUUGCUCCACCUUCUCGUCCGACCCGCCAGCUAUGGCAUGUCGGGUUGCCUGCCCGGCUACCCGAGGGAGAAGAGCAUUGAGAAACGCGUGAAGCGUAUCCUGUCACACACUCCCUUGAUCGAUGGACACAAUGAUUUGCCAAUCCUGCUGCGAGCCGCUUUCAAGAACCACAUCAAUGAUAAGAACUUUACCACCGGCUGGGAAGACGGCACGCUCCCCGGUCAUGUCGACCUUGCGCGCCUGAGAGCUGGCAUGAACGGAGGGGCCUUCUGGAGCUUGUUCUGGCCUUGCCCUGCCAACGGCUCCGACUUUUCUGAUGAAAACUAUCUGCCCGCCGUCCAGGCUACUCUCCAACAGAUCGACCUAGUCGACCGCCUCAAAGCCGCCUAUCCCAAGGACCUCGGGCCGGCAGUCUCCAGCAAAGCCGCCUACAAGGCCUGGAAGCACCACAACCAGCUCAUCUCGCCCAUGGGCAUCGAGGGCCUGCACCAGAUCGGCAACUCGGCCGCCACGCUGCGGCGCUACCACGCCCUGGGCGUCCGCUACGCGACCUUGGUCCACAACUGCGGCAACAAGUACGCCGACGCGGCCCUGCAGGAGAACCCAUUCCGCAAGGCCCCGUCCCACUGGGGCGGCGUCAGCCCGGCCGGCGAAGCCCUAGUCAACGAGAUGAACCGCAUCGGCAUGAUCGUGGAUCUGGCCCACACCAGCGUCGACACGAUGAAGGAUGUUUUGGGUGGCUCGGGCAAGGACUGGAAGGGCAGCAGGGCCCCCGUAAUCUUCAGCCAUUCGAGCGCCUACGCGCUGUGCCCCCACCCGCGCAACGUGCCGGAUGACGUCCUUCGUCUGGUCAAGGAGCGGAACUCGCUGGUCAUGGUCAACUUCUCGCCCGACUUUAUCUCGUGCGUGGCGGCGCCGGACAGGGACGAUGGGCUGCCGGAAUUUUACCCGGCCAAUGCGACUUUGGAGCAUGUGGCUGACCAUAUCAUUCAUAUUGGCGAACUGAUUGGAUAUGAUCAUGUCGGUCUGGGUAGUGACUUUGAUGGGAUUCCAGUCGUCCCGAAGGGACUGGAAGAUGUCUCGCGCUACCCGGACUUGGUAGCCGAGCUCCUUCGACGGGGUGUUAGUGAUGAGGAUGCGAGCAAGGUCGUGGGCGGUAACAUACUCCGCGUGUGGAGGGAUGUUGAGCUCGUGGCGGCUACGAUGCAGGCUGCUGGUGAGUCGGCUCUGGAGGAUGAUCUGCCUAACUUGAUGCCCGAGGAGUAG